AUAAAUUCAUAAUUUGAGAAAGAAAUAUACACAUUGGAUUAAUAUUCUUCUUCCCAAAAAGCCUGCAGCCGGGAGGAAAAACUGCCUUGGCCUGAUCGACGCCUUCACAAGCUUCGUUGCUGUUGGAAUUGCUUUCAAUUCCUUCUAGGGCAUCCGAUCAAUUCAAGGUCGGGAUCCAACACUUGUACCUGAUUUGAGGAUACUCAACUCAGAUGCCGGAGGACGAUUUUAUUGACAUUAAGUUCAGGCUCUACGAUGGUUCUGAUAUUGGACCCUUUCGAUACUCGUCCGCAUCCACAAUAGAUGUGCUCAAGCAGAGAAUAGUGUCCGAUUGGCCCAAAGGCAAAACAAUCACUCCGAAGGCAGCCAGUGAAGUAAAACUGAUAAGUUCUGGAAAAAUUUUGGAAAAUAACAAGACUGUUGGUCAGUGUAAAUUACCUUUUGGUGAGUCCACGGGAGGAGUCACCAUAAUGCAUGUUGUUGUACAGCCAUCCCUAGCGAAAGCUAAGACAGAGAAAAAGACUGACAAUUCACAACAGAAGAUCGUCUGCUCCUGUUCCAUACUUUGAAACACAACACCAGUCAUAUGAUUCGUUUGGUAAAUCAUCUUCCAAAACACGGUUGCUAUUAGCCAUAUUCUUGUGUAUAAAUGUUUUCUGGUAAUUUGGUAAUGAUGUGUUUAGGAAUAUUGAUGUGGGGGACAUGUUUCUCUUUUAUAUGAUUGUGAAGUUUUUCUCAUGAUUUUUCAAAAUUCUUUGGUUACUCUCUUAUUUGAGGAUUUGCAGCUAAAAGAAGAGGGCUAUAUUUAAGUUGAUAA